GUGUUCCUUAUUACCCCAAAGCAGUUCAGGUUUCCCCCCUCAGUUCAUUUCCCUUUCCCAAGUUCAGAAAUCUGCUCCAGCUCCUGACUCCUUCCUCUUUUCAAAAAUGAUAUUGACUCUAAGGGGAGGGAAAAUGUUCGCAGAGAAUUCUUUCUCCCUUCCUUCUCAGAUGGGUGUGUCCUGGUCCUGUCCGCCUAGAACUACAGAAUAAUGUAUCAGGAGGUACAGAAAACCCAGAAGGAGUAUGUGUGCCAGGUAGUUGCAUAGUUUAGAUCUUUAUUUAAAAAAAAAUCUCGCUAGAAAAGUGUAAGCUGUGACUGCACAGGAGUUAUGUUGGAAGCAGGGUCCCCUUCGGCUGCUUCCUGAAGAGAGGCACCUAGAGUCUAGGGUACAAAAGAAGAAAUGGAGAAAAUGAAAUUUUGGGAGCUCUGUCUGGUUUCCCUCCUGACUUUGGGCAUGGAAUCUGAGGGCCUGCUGUGGAGAAACAAGAGUCUCAAAACAAAAAAGGACCUUGAUGUGAGCAAGGAAACACAUCCAGGCAUGGUACAGGAAUAUGAGCUGUUACUUCAGGUAAUCUAUCAACAUUCAGCUCAAAAAAGAAAAUUUCAGAAUUUUCUGAAGGACCUGAAACCUCAAUACUCCUGGCCAAAUGGGACAUUGGAAAUUAUCAGAAAGAAAGCUACUACAUAUUGUAGCAUCCUGAAUGGCACCCUGAGAUGUGCUUGUGAAGACGGUUACCAUUGGUUUUCUCACACUUGCCUGGAUCCCAGGAGAUGCCACCUUAACAAGACAGGGGCACAUCAAAGCUGUGACUGUCGGUUGGACAAUCUUCAUGACAGCAUCAACUUCUGUGAGAGGACAAAAAUUUUUGGCACUUUUAAAAUUCGUGAGAAAUUUAGAAAAGAUCUCCUGAAUUCAUCAUCUAUACUCUACUCCAACUACACAACUGGCAUUGAAAUCCAACUUAAGGAAGCCUACAAAUGGGUUCCGGGUUUUGAUUCUGUUCGUGUCACCCAGUUUCGGGAAGGAAGUAUUGUUGUUGGAUAUGAAAUCGUUGGUUCUAGCCACCCAUCUGAGCUUUUGGCUGCUGUCAUGCAAGUCUCUGGAAAAGUGAAAUCAAAUCUUAAAAAGUUCUAUCUAAUAGAAGAAAGCUCUUUCAGAGUGUUUGAAAAAGCUGACUGUGACAGUAUCGUCUUUGGAUUUGGUUCUGAGAACAACCAAUACACCCUGCCCUGCAGCGCCGGCUAUGUGGGAAACAUCACUGCCAGAUGUCACUCUUCGGCAUGGCAACUGGUCAAGGAAACAUGUGUGCCCCUUCAGCUGGAAGAACUGAGGAAGAAUCUCAGUGCAAUUCAAGGCAAUAUCACUGAGGCAGCUGUGUCUACCAUGAUGCAAGAACUUUCCACCAUCAUUCAAAAAAGUCCAUCCACCACAGCUGGGAGCUUAGGAUCUGUGGUCUCAAUUCUGAGACAGGUUUCUUCUCUGUCAUUCUCCAGCCAUGUCCAGCUCUCAGCCCCAACAACAAAGAAUUUCCUAAGUGUAGUAGACCACCUCCUUAAUUCUACGGCCAUAAGUAAUUGGACAGUUUUGCUGCAGGAAGAACGGAAUGCCAGCUCACAGCUGCUAGAGACACUGGAAGACAUUAGCACUAUGGUUCCUUCUAAAAUUAUGCCCCUGAUGUUUUCAGGAAAAUUCAUUAAUUGGAAUGGGAUUCUACCAACAGCGAGUCAGAAACAGGAGGGUUACAACUAUUGGAUAGAACUCUUACAGGAAAAUAGUUCUAAGCCUAUCAGAGGGACAUUGUCAAUAGGCAAAGACCAAUUCCAGAAAUCCCUUCCCCAAACUAUCAUCAGUAUGUCUUCUCUAACUCUGGGAAGCAUACUAUCCAGCACCUCAAAGAGAAAUGCUACAGUUAAUGGGCCAGUGAUAUCAGCCAUUAUCCCAAACUAUACAUUAGAUGAACUUUUCCUGAUUUUUUCCAAAAUAGACUCCAACCUGAGCAAGCCAUACUGUGUGUUUUGGGAUUUCAGACACUUGGAAUGGAAUGAUGUCGGCUGCCAACUGUUGAAUGAAACUCAUGAUACCGUGAUGUGUAGAUGUACCCAUCUGACCUCCUUUUCCAUGCUGAUGUCACCCUAUGUCCCUCCUACCAUCAUACCUGUGGUAAAAUGGAUCACUUAUGUGGGACUCAGUGUCUCCAUUGUAAGCUUGGUGCUAUGCCUAGUGAUUGAGGUUAUGUUCUGGAAGCAGGUCAAGAAAAACCAAACCUCCUACACCCGCCACAUCUGCAUGGUGAAUGUGGCCCUGUCCCUUUUGAUAGCUGACAUUUGGUUUAUUGUUGCAGCUACUUCUGAUGCUCAGAAAAAUGCCUCAGGAGUUUGUGUAGCUGCUGUUUUUUUCACUCACUUUUUCUAUCUUUCCUUAUUUUUUUGGAUGUUGACCUUAGGCAUUCUGAUCGUCUAUCGAAUAGUUCUGAUUUUCCAUCACAUGACUAUGCCCACCAUGAUGGCCAUUGGUUUCUCCCUUGGUUAUGGUUGUCCUCUUCUUAUAACCAUCAUCACCAUCGCUGCCACGCAACCAAGCAAUAGCUACCGAAGGAAAGAUGUAUGUUGGCUCAACUGGUCAGACAAUGCCAAACCACUUUUAGCCUUUGUUGUUCCAGCCCUGACCAUAGUGGUUGUGAAUCUGAUGGUUGUGCUAGUGGUCUUACUUAAACUGCAGAGGCCUACCAUAGGAGAAAGACUGAGCCAAGAUGACAAAGUUACUGCUAUCCGCAUUGGAAAGACGAUAGUCAUUCUAACACCCUUGCUAGGGCUCACUUGGGGAUUUGGCAUAGGAACAAUAGUUGACAGCCAAUCUCUGGCUUGGCAUAUAAUAUUUGCCCUGCUCAAUGCAUUUCAGGGAUUUUUCAUCUUAUGUUUUGGAGUGAUUUUUGAUAGUAAGGUUCGUCAACUUCUAUUUAAGAAGCUGAUUCCAAUAAGCUCAUCAUCAAUGCAGCCAAUGAAGAGUACAUCAGAUUUAGCAGUGGGACCCAAAUUCCUGAAGACAUUUAACCCACUACACCAAAAAGGCACAUAUACACUUUCUGGUGUAGGAGAGUCCACAAGUGACAUUAUGCUCACUCAGUUUUUAUCAUCUGAAUGAUCCUGAGGAAUGCAAAAUUAAAUAAGAAUCAUUCUGCACAUCUUAACAUUUGCAGCUAAAUGUCAGGAGUGAAAUUACUCGUGGUGUUAGGUGACUUUUAUGGAAUCGUUAGUCAUGUCAGAUUGUGAGGUUGGGGCCAAGACAAAGAGACCACAGAUGCUCUGCCAAUGCCUCUUUUACCUUCAAUCAAGUGGAUAUUUUUCCUCUCUGGUAUGAUGGCUGAUUGAGAAUCAUAGCCUGAAAAAAAGGAGACGCUAUUUUGAUGACGGGGAGGGACGGGGCUUGUAUCACUUAGUGCUCUUUUUCUUUGCCUCAGAAAUGCCUUAAGAAUGGAGAUCCUGACUUCAAAAUUAAUCUCAUAUCCCUGGGAUUGGCAGAAGUCAUUCAUGAAGAAAAACCUAGGACAAACAGAUGAUUCUGUACUUACUUCCUCUUAGAAGGCAAUUGAGCUAAAUACCACCCCCCCCAACACACACACACACACACACACACCCCCAUAAAUGUGUUAUCUUCCUCAACUUUCCACUGAAAUCCUAUGCUGUUUUUUUUUUCUUUUUGAGUUUGCUGACUUCAAUUUAAAACCACAUCAGGAAUACAAUAUCUCCUGGACCUUGGUACUUUCUUGUUUACGUUUUUACAACCCCUGUUCCAUUGUCUGCCUCAGUGCUCACUGGGUAACUCAGAUUUUGCUCUUCAGGUGUUAUUUCCAAUUCAUCUAGGUUGUCGUUUGUUGAGUUUCUGAUAGAUAAAUAGAUCUGAUAGACCAGAGGUAUCAAACAUGGAGCCCAGUGGCCAAGAUCUUUCCCAGAUUAAAAUAUAAUUAGGAAAUGUUUAACAAGAUUAAAAACAUAA